CCCCAACCUGCACCCUGCCUACCACUUCCCGAUUCACCGCUCCACCCCCGUCCGUGUCCCCACUGUCUCCACACCAUCCUCCGCGCCGCCCCACCAUGAAGAAUUCGACCGCCUUCGUUGCCGGCGCCUCCGUCCUUCCGCGCACUCGCGCUUACGCCCCGGCCUGCUCCCCACGCCAGCCCUCGGCCUUCCUCGGCUCCGGCCGUCCGCUGUCCUUCUUCGCGCGUACGGAGCGCGCCGUCGCUGCCCCAUGCCAGGAAAAGCCGCUUGGCCGGUGGACUAUGAUGCCCAUCGGUGUUCCAAAGGUGCUCUUCCGCGUGCCCGGUGCACCGCAAGCUGACUGGGUCGACAUCUACAACCGCCUGUAUCGGGAGCGGAUCAUUUUCCUUGGUCAGGAGAUCGACGACGAAAUCGCCAACCAGAUCAUUGCCGUCAUGUUGUAUCUCGAGUCGGAGGAUAACACCAAGCCAAUUUAUUUGUACAUCAACUCGCCCGGCGGCUCCGUCAUCGCUGGUAUGGCCAUUUACGACACAAUGCAGCACAUCAAGUCAGAAAUCGUGACGAUCAAUGUCGGCUUGGCGGCAUCCAUGGCUUCGUUUUUGCUUGGCGGGGGGGAGAAGGGGAAGAGGUUGGCCCUGGUCCACUCGAGGAUUAUGAUUCAUCAGCCGAUGGGCGGAGCACAAGGGCAAGCGUCGGAUAUUCAAGUAGAGGCACAGCAAAUCCUUCGCAUCCGGGAGAAUCUAACGCACGAGUAUGCGCGGAUGACGGGUCAGAAAUAUGAGCAGCUGCUAAAGGACAUGGACCGAGAUAACUUUAUGAGCGCCCAAGAGGCCCUGGAAUAUGGACUGAUCGACCGCGUGAUCGAGGGAACGAGCCAAGCAGUGUAGAUGCUGGUCAACGGAAUGGACGCGUGGGUAUAUGUUCUAGCAGGGUGGCGCGCUGGGGUGCGAGCCAGAUCUGAGUGCUCCCCAAGUUGCGCACUUGGCGCUACGUUUUGGGAGCGAGGUCUGAGAGAGGUUUUAUGUGGGAACGUUGAGGUCGUUUUUGUACAUGCGUUUUGUGUGCUUCAGUUGCUUUGUUAAAUGUGACCCUGUGUGCACUGCAUAGAUGGCGAGUUAGAAAAA